AUGUACCCGCAAAAGCCUAAUAAUUUAACAAAUCGAUUAAAUCUAUGCAAGAUUUUGGCGAUUGCAGGCUUCACCCUUUUCAUUUUCUUCAUGUAUGUUUCACAUUAUCCAGUUUUACCUAAUUCGAUAUCUUCCGACUGCCUUUCAUCUCUCAAGAAAACAUUCGAUUUACCUUCUUCACCACAACAAGUAUCUGCCACAGACAUCACCCAACUGGUAUUCGCCAUCUCAGGAUCCGUCAAGGCAUGGCGGGACCGGAGAUCAUAUUUCCGGGAAUGGUGGCGGCCAAACGUCACAAGAGGAUACAUCUUCUUCGACAAAAAACCAACCCCAGAUCUUCUCCCAUGGCCAUCGGAGCUUCCUCCGUAUCGUAUCUCUGAAAACACCACCAAGUUCGAUGUAUACUUGAGGCAUGUGAAGCCUAAUGUUAUCAGAAUCGUGAGAACAAUCCUGGAAGCGCAUAGAGAAGGAGACAAAGAUGUCAGAUGGUACGUUAUGGGAGACGAUGAUACAGUUUUCUUCGUGGAUAAUUUGGUGGAGCUUUUAAGGAGGUAUGAUCAUACAAAAUAUUAUUACAUCGGUGGUGUUUCUGAAUGCGUUAAGUCGAAUUUUGACUUCUCCUUCGAGAUGGCAUUUGGUGGUGCAGGAUUCGCGUUGAGCUACCCGUUGGUGGAGGCUUUGGUCGAUAAUCUUGAUGCAUGCAUCGGAAUUUACCCGUUUUACUACGUUAGCGAUCAGAUUUUGAGCGCUUGCAUUGCUGAUCUUGGUGUUCCUCUUACUCCUGAAAGAGGAUUUCAUCAGAUUGAUUUGGUGCAUGAUAUAUCUGGGUAUCUAUCGGCGCACCCACAAGCACCAUUGAUCUCCCUCCACCAUCUCGAUAUCGCGUUUCCAAUCUUCCCCGGAAUAAACCGCCACACGUCCGUCGCACAUCUCAUGAACGCUGCUAAAUUUGAUCAAUCACGACUUCUUCAACAAACCGUUUGUUACCACAAGGAAAAGAACUGGGCAUUCUCCAUAGCUUCGGGCUACUCUAUUUACAUUUACGAGCAAUACAUCCCACGUAGCAUUCUCCGAAGACCUUUCGAAACAUUUACUCCAUGGAGCUUGAAACGACAUCCACCUGAUUACAUGUUCAAUACGAGAUUAUUAGUUCCUGAUGAUCCAUGUGAAACUCCUCAUGUAUUCUUCUUUCAUUCUAUAAAGAGACUCGGUAAUGAUAACAAUACAACGGAUGAAAUCGUGAUGACUUACAUUCGAUCCAUGCAACGUCGGUUGCCCCCUUGUUCUUCAAAUCACUCCGCAGAUUAUAUUUCGAGGAUUGAAGUUUACUCUCCGGCAUCAAAAUUAAGCUUUGUAAGCUCAUGA